CGGGGCGCGUGGCCCGGGGGCCCGGGGGCAGCGUGGGCGGGGGGUCCCGCCCUGGCCCGCCUUGGUUCCCAGAGCGUUCCUAUCAGUGCUUCUCGCGCCCGGCCCUCGCUGGGGGGGCCCCCUCCAUGACUUCUCCCCCAGAAGACUACUCCAGAUAGCGCCCCAUUACCGCCCCCCGUGCAGGACAGCUACCAGAACGCGCUCACUCGUGGCGAUCCCUCAGCUGCUGCCAGGGCCCCCCACUAAGGCUUUCUCAUAGGUUCCCUUUCUACAUAGUCCCCCCGUUUUUGCUUCCUGCAGGACAGCCCCCCAAAUGCCAUCGGCAUUGCCCGUCCCCGUGCGGAGCAGCUGUCCGUGAACCCUCCCUUUGGUAUUCUUGUAGGUUGCUUCGCAAGAGUGUGAUAUUAGUAUUUUAUAGCAGAUCCCUAUUUUCUCUGUCCACGCACAACAGCCCCAAAGCUCUUAACCACCCCCUCCCCAACGCCCCCUUCGUUACUGUAAAAAUACUUUGCAUUCUGAUCAGCGGCCCAAAAUACCUUUUCUCCUUUUCUGCCCCCCCCCCCCGUAAUAAUCCCCCUUGAGAAUAUUGCUUUCGAUGACCGACACCCUCACUCCCCCCUUCCAUAGACAGCUCCCCCUAGAGUUGUCCUGACACACUCGCAUCCUCCCCCCUUCAGAUAGGAAUAGCUGUCAGUUUAGCCUCAGGCUCCCCUGAAACACCGCCACCCCGCCCUCCUCGGGGUCAGCGCCUGUCUGGGGUCCUCCCAGGGAACGGCGCCCCACGUGAGGCUUUCCCCUCAAAGCUCUUCCCCUGGCCCUGACAGCUCGCAUCCUCACCUGCAGCUUCUCCCCACGCCCCUCCUCCUGGACUCCCCAAGGAAGACCCAGCUUCACUGGGCAACGGCCGCCUCUUCCCCUGGACAUUCAUUCAUUCACUCUUCACUGAACGAACAUGCGCUUGCUGUUCCAGGUCCAGGUGUACCGCGUGAAGGGGAGAGAGCCAUACAGUCUUUGUUUUGUCGGUCUUUACAGUCUGGUUGAGGCAGAUCAAAAGCAAGUAAACAAGAUCGGUGCUGUUUUUCUGGAUUUUUCUGAGAGGCUUAUGAGCUACUUCAGAGGUGAAACCUGAAUUAGCACAGGCAGCCUCACCAUGGAAAGGUCUGGGUGAAUUGUUCCAGGCAGGGGCCCUGAGGUUGCUGUGAGUGUGCUGGUGGGAGGGGCAGCAGGGGAGGUAGUGAGGUUGGAGCAGAGGAGUGGAAGGGAGGAUGAGCAGGGAAACGGUGUGAUCUCACAGGGCCCUAGAGGUGAGGGCGUUGUGACCAGUCUCCUGGCCUUGGUCAGCUCCGCGGAGCCCAGAGCAUUCUUCAUUUGUUCCUUCUUUCCCUUUGUUCAACAACUGUUUAAUGAACACCUGCUACACACUGGGGAUGCAGCAAACAAAACAGACAAAAACCCCUGUCCUCGUGGAGUGCAUAUGCCACCUCUGGGGCAGACAAUUAAAAAGCAAAAUAUAGAUGUUUGUGUGAAGGAAAUACAGCAGUGUCAGAGGAGGUGGCAGGAAGGCCUCUUUCAAGAGAUCCGUCCCCCCAGCACCAAAAAGUUAAACCUGUGUGUAGACUCCUCUUCUGGACAGCUGCAGUCCCCCCAGGGUAAGGGGGUGGGGGGGGGGCUCCUUAAUGCUCCCCUCCCCCGGGAGUGAAAUGGUUAAGGGCAUGAACCCUGGCUCACUAGCUAUCAUAUCUCUGAGCAGACCACUCCCUAUUCCCCAAGCCUCUUUCAUUCACUCAUUUAACAUGUUUGUUGAGGCAGGCCCUGUUCUAAGUGCUGACCAGUGACCAAAUCAGAUACAAAAUCUUGCCUGCUUGGAGCCCACCUCCUGGAGGGGCAGUCCAGCAACAAAUAGAACAUACCUCGGUGGUACUGACUGGAGGGCAUGGCAGCCCACUCCAGUAUUCUUGCCUGGAGAAUCCCCAUGGAGCCCUGCGGACUGCAGUCCAUAGGGUCACAAAAGCACACACGCAUGCACUGACUGGAAAGGAGAGAGGCGAAGGAGGCUGGGGUGAGCAGGAAUGUUGCUCUGGGUGACAGGUCACAGUGGUCUUGGAGCACCUUGCUGAGAAGACAGCGUCUGAGCAAAGACGUGAAGGAGAUGAGGGGGUGAGAGAGCUGUGUCUAUGGGAGUCCCAGCCUUCCAGGCAGAAGCAGCAGCCCAUGCAAAGGCCCUGGGGCAGCGAUGGAGCCAGCAUGAGGCCAGAGCUGCGAGGAGGCAGCUGGAGCUGUGGAGGUCUUCUCUGACCUCUUUUGAGAUGUCACUGCAGGUUUUGAGCAGAGGAGCAACAGUGACAUGGUUUGGUCUUAGUCUUCCUGUCUACUAAGUAAGAACAAUAAUAAAGCUUAUCUUUUUCCUUUUUUUUUUUUUGUAUUUAUUUGGCUCAGUCGGGUCUUAGUUGUGGCAUGCAGGCUCAGUAGUUGCGGCGUGUGUGAUCUUUAUUUCCCGACCAGGGAUUGAACCCACUUCCCCUGCAUGGCAAGGCAGAUUGUUAACCACUGGAUCACCAGGGAAGUCCCAGUAGUGCUUCUCUUGUGAGUCUGUUGUGAGUUUGAUUGAAAGAAGGCACAUAAAACAGUGCAGUGCUGGUUAGCAUUGAGUAAAUGCCAGUGGCUAGUCCUGGGGUCGUGUGGCAGCAAAGUGAAUGGGCAGAGUGUAUUGCCAGUACAAAGUGGAGUGAAGGCUUUUUUUAAUUUUGGAGAGAAAUAUUGAAAAGACAGCAUGGAAAUUCCAUGGUGGUCUAGUGGUUAGGACCCCAUGCUUUCACUGCAGGGGGACCAGGUUCCAUCCCUGGUCAGGGAACGAAGAUCUUGCAAGCCAUGAGGUGUUACCACAAAAAAAGAAAAAGAUAAAGACAGCAUGUUGUGAGGAUAACAGCAUGUCCUCUUGAACCUCACCGCUGGCCUUCGACUCCUGGCCCUGCCACUUGGUGGUGGUAUGACUUUAGGAGAUUAAUUGACCCCUCGGGCCCUCAAUCUCUUCCUCUGUAAAAUGGGGUUAAUAAUCUGAAACAUCUUCUAGGGUUAUUGGGGAAGACUCAAUGAGUCAACACAUAGGAAGGAUUUAAAAGGGUACUUGCCAUGUAGGAAGCACUCACCCAGGGCUCCCCGUUACUAUGUGUCAUUGCUGUUGUCACUACAGAGGAGAAUCUCAUCACAAGGCAGCUUUACUGCACCAGCAGGGCCCACAGGUCUGGGCAUCAGGGGCCUGGGAUCCAAUACUUGCUUUCCCAUCCUUGGGGAAGUGACCCCUCCCACUUCUCCAUUUCCUUCCUUGUGCAGUGGAUCCAGUUAUGUACAGGACAUUUAGGAGGCAUCAGGGUGAUGGUCCACGUGAAACCCGUCAGACAGCAAACACGAGUCCUUAGGACUGUGACUGCGGUUUCUGUGGGAUGCCUGCCCCUUGGGAGGGGCUCCCCCCCUCAGGUCACUCUGCAUGAAAUCCACCACACAUCUCCCCUUAGAAAGACAGCAGUUUAAGACUCGGGUCCCUGGAGACAGGAAAUGUGGCUCCUUUCCCAGUGGAAAUAGUUGUGAGCCCAGUCAGUUUUGUCCCUUAGCCCCACCGCCUGCAUCUCUCAGCCGCAGUCCUUCGGCAUCUCACCUGCCCUGGAGGCCCUCUUCACGACAUCAUUCCCACCAGAACUCGUCCUCCUGGGCACACCUCGACAAUAUCAGCUCCAUCUCUGCUAAAUGCCCGCCCCCGGUCCCCCGUCUCCCCGCUGCCCAGGAUGGAGGCCAACCCAGCGGGCAGCGGCGCCGGGGGCGGCGGGAGCGGCGGCCUGGGGGGCGAGGACGGGGUCCACUUCCAAAGCUACCCCUUCGAUUUCCUGGAGUUCCUCAACCACCAGCGCUUCGAGCCCAUGGAGCUAUACGGGGAGCACGCCAAGGCAGUAGCCGCGCUGCCCUGCGCUCCCGGGCCCCCGCCGCAGCCGCCCCCGCAGCCGCCCCCGCCACAGUACGACUACCCGCCCCAGGCCAGCUUCAAGCCCAAGGCCGAGGCCCCCUCCUCGUCCUCCUCGUCGUCGUCGUCCUCCUCGUCCUCGUCGUCGUCCUCCCAGGCCAAGAAGCCUGACCCGCCGCUGCCGCCCGCCUUCGGGGCGCCGCCGCCCCCGAUCUUCGACGCGGCCUUCCCGGCCCCGCAGUGGGGCAUCGUGGACCUCUCGGGCCACCAGCACCUGUUCGGGAACCUGAAGCGUGGGGGGCCGGCCGCUGGGCCGGGGACGGCGCCGGGGCUGGCCGCGCCCCCGGGGACCCCCGGGCCACUCCCCGCCGCCUCGCAGGCGCCGCCGGGCCCGGCGGCGGCGGGGUCAGCGGCCUGCGACGCGGCCAAGGACGACAAAGGCUACUUCCGGCGGCUCAAGUACCUGAUGGAGCGGCGCUUCCCGUGCGGCGUGUGCCAGAAGUCCUUCAAGCAGUCCUCGCACCUGGUGCAGCACAUGCUGGUGCACUCGGGCGAGCGGCCCUACGAGUGCGGUGUCUGCGGCCGCACCUACAACCACGUGUCCAGCCUCAUCCGCCACCGCCGCUGCCACAAGGACGUGCCGCCGGCCACGGCCGCCCCGGCGCCGCCGCCGCUCCCUCCGCUGGGCCUGCCCGCGCCCGCCGCGCCCUCCUCGGCGCCCCCGGGGCCCCCGGCCGUGCCCGCCGACGGCAGCGCGGCCCCCGCGGGCGCGGGCGCUGGCGUGGGGGUGGCCCCUCCGGCGGGGGCGGCGGCGGCCGCGGCGGCGGGGGGCGGCGACGGCCCGUUCGCCUGCACGCUGUGCUGGAAGGUGUUCAAAAAGCCCAGCCACCUGCACCAGCACCAGAUCAUCCACACGGGCGAGAAGCCCUUCUCGUGCUCCGUGUGCAGCAAGAGCUUCAACCGCCGCGAGAGCCUCAAGCGCCACGUGAAGACGCACUCGGCCGACCUGCUGCGCCUGCCGUGCGGCGUGUGCGGCAAGGCCUUCCGCGACGCCGCCUACCUGCUCAAGCACCAGGCGGCGCACGCGGGCGCGCCCGGGCCGCGGCCCGCCUACCCCUGCGAGCUGUGCGGCAAGUCCUACUCGGCGCCGCAGAGCCUGCUGCGCCACAAGGCGGCGCACGGCCCGCCCGCCGCCCCUGACGCGCCCAAGGACGCGGCGGCCCCCGGCGUGCCGCCCGCGCCCGCCUUCCCGCCGGGGCCCUAUCUGCUGCCCCCGGACCCGCCCGCCUCCGACGGCGAGAAGGCGGCGGCGGCGGCGGCCGCGGCGGUGGUGUAUGGCGCCGUGCCCGUCCCGCUGCUGGGCGCCCACCCGCUGCUGCUCGGCGGGGCCGGCCCAGGAGGGGCCGGGGGCUCGGGCGCCGGCGCGCCCGGCAAGACGUUCUGCUGCGGCAUUUGCGGGCGCGGCUUCGGGCGCCGCGAGACCCUGAAGCGGCAUGAGCGCAUCCACACGGGCGAGAAGCCGCACCAGUGCCCCGUGUGCGGGAAGCGCUUCCGCGAGUCCUUCCAUCUGAGCAAGCACCACGUGGUGCACACCCGCGAGCGGCCCUACAAGUGCGAGCUCUGCGGCAAGGUCUUCGGCUACCCGCAGAGCCUCACGCGCCACCGACAGGUGCACCGGCUCCAGCUGCCCUGCGCCCUGGCCGGGGCCGCCGGCCUCCCCGCCGCCCAGGGCGCGGCGGGGGCGGCCGGCCCGAGCGGCUCGGCCGCGUCCGGGGCCGCCGCGGACGGGCUGAGCUACGCCUGCUCGGACUGCGGCGAGCACUUCCCGGAUCUCUUCCACGUCAUGAGCCACAAGGAGGCGCACAUGGCCGAGAAGCCCUACGGCUGCGAUGCCUGUGGCAAGACCUUCGGCUUCAUCGAGAACCUCAUGUGGCACAAGCUGGUGCACCAGGCGGCCCCCGAGCGCCUGCUGCCGCCCGCGUCCGGCGGCGCCCAGCCUCCGGAGGGCUCUGGCGGCACCGACGCAGCCACCGUGCUGGACAACGGGCUGGCCGGGGAGGUGGGGGCGGCCGUGGCGGCACUGGCCGGGGUGUCCGGGGGCGAGGACGCGGGCGGGUCCGCGGCGGCCGGGGGCGGCGGGGGCGCCAGCGCGGGCCCCGAGCGCUUCAGCUGUGCUACCUGCGGCCAGAGCUUCAAGCACUUCCUGGGCCUGGUGACCCACAAGUACGUGCACCUGGUGCGCCGGACGCUGGGCUGCGGCCUGUGCGGCCAGAGCUUCGCGGGCGCCUACGACCUGCUGCUGCACCGGCGCAGCCACCGGCAGAAGCGGGGCUUCCGCUGCCCGGUGUGCGGCAAGCGCUUCUGGGAGGCGGCCCUGCUCAUGCGCCACCAGCGCUGCCACACGGAGCAGCGGCCCUACCGCUGCGGCGUGUGCGGCCGCGGCUUCCUGCGCUCCUGGUACCUGCGGCAGCACCGCGUGGUGCACACGGGCGAGCGCGCCUUCAAGUGCGGCGUGUGCGCCAAGCGCUUCGCGCAGUCGUCCAGCCUGGCGGAGCACCGGCGGCUGCACGCCGUGGCGCGGCCCCUGCGCUGCGGCGCCUGCGGCAAGACCUUCCGCUACCGCUCCAACCUGCUGGAGCACCAGCGGCUGCACCUGGGCGAGCGCGCCUACCGCUGUGAGCACUGCGGCAAGGGCUUCUUCUACCUGAGCUCCGUGCUGCGCCACCAGCGCGCGCACGAGCCGCCGCGGCCCGAGCUCCGCUGUCCUGCCUGCCUCAAGGCCUUCAAGGAUCCCGGCUACUUCCGGAAGCACCUGGCGGCCCACCAGGGCGGCCGGCCUUUCCGCUGCUCCUCCUGCGGCGAGGGAUUCGCCAACACCUACGGCCUCAAGAAACACCGCCUGGCGCACAAGGCCGAGGGCCUUGCAGGGCCGGGCGCAGGGCCCGGCCCGUUGCCCGGGAAGGACGCCUGACCGGGGGGUGUGCCUCCCCUCCGCCACUCCCAUCAGAUGUCCCUUCCCGGACUCGCCCCUCGGGGGCGCGGACCUCCUCUUGCCGGCCGUCCCAUCCAUCCUUCCGAACUAUAGACAGACUAGCCUCCUCCCCCAAGGCCCAUGUCGUGCAGACCCUAGCCUGCCUCUCUCCACCUGGAUCUCCCCGGCCCUCUCCUCCUAUCGGACACUGAACUCGACCCUCCGUCCACCCCUGAUGUGUACCCCUCUCCAGCCCCCCUGCCCCAGCAGCCUUCAGCCCCCCGGUGAGCUGGGUGGAGCCGGGUCUGGACUGACACUCCCCACUUCCCCGGCAAGCUGGCCGGACAGCGGAGCGCGAGCGGUUCGGGAGGGCACAGGGUGGGGGCCUGGGUGCUCUUGGUUUGUGGGGGUGGGGGGCGGGGGGCAGACGCGGCUUGUACAGAGCGGAGAAUAAUAAAUCUUAUCAACAGGG